AUGUUUCUGUACAACUCGAGUACGGAACAGAGCUUAAGGCUAUCACGGCUCAAACACCAGUUCAUUGGGCACGUGAAUGUUGUCAAGCAACUGCUCGAGAAGGGCGCCGACUACGAGGCCAAAGACAGUAAUCACGGCCAGACGCCGCUGUCGUGGGCCGCCGAAUAG